AUGUAGUCAGCUAUUACUACAUCUCAAUUUGAUCAAUUAAACAAUCCUACCUUUAAGCCUUCCAGUUCUAUUGUUAUCGGUCGUUAAAAAACCUAAGAUCAAAACCCAUUAAGAAUGAGUUUAAUGGCCUCUGUAAAUGAUAGGCUUGUGCAGAUGCAAUAAAUGAAUUAAAAAGAUGUUAAACCUAAUGAGAUAAUCGAAGAAGUGUAAGUGGAAUUUGAAGGAAUCUAAAACAUUGAUUAUCGAUUGGCCUAAUCUAUAAUAAGCCAAGAUGUUGAAAAUGAAACUAGUGAAGCUGAAUUUCUUUAAUAAUCCAAGAUUCUAUAAUCUGGACUGUUUCAAUGUAAGUAACCUGAUUCUUAUUCAGGUUGGAUUGAAAAGAAAAGUAACUCUCUAUUUUCCUCAUAUAAAAAUAAAUUUUGUGUUUUUCAUGAUGGCAUCCUUUGUGUAUAUGAAAAUGAGGAAAAAAAGAGAGCUAGAGUAGUCUUGAAUUUUCACUUGUUCAAUUUUAAAUACUUUUUCAAAUAACAAAACAAUGUCAUAACCGAGUUUGGUUUAAAAUGCGAAGAUGAUGAAGCUGUGUUUCAAUUUAAAGGACAACAUGCCCAUGACUGGUUCCAAGUCAUUAAGAGCUGCAUAGACACUUAUCGCUUGAAUCCAAAGUUUUAAUACUAUAUCCGUCCAUUUGAAGAAUAUUAUAAAAAGAGAUUAAUCCAUAAUUAACAAUUCCUAGAUAUGGCUCAAACGGGAGAUAUACUACUCUUUUAGGGUAAGCAUAUCUCAUGCAAAGCUUAAAGAAUGGUUACUAGAUCUUAAUAUGGUAAUGUGUUUAAAUCACAAUUAGAUCAUGUCGCAAUGAUUCUGAAAUAUACGAAUGGAUCGAUUUAUGUUUUAGAGGCCACAGGAACCUUUGGUGUUGGAAUAUUUGAAUGGAAGCACAUGGUUGGGAAAUAAUGGUAUGAAUUAUAUAAUAAAGUUGUAUAUCGUUAACUUGAAAUUCAAAGAACAACAGAAUUCUUAUUGAAAAUGGAAUAAUUUACAAAAGAAAAUCUAGGAAAGGCUUACUCUUUAACAGUCAAAAAAAUAUUAACCGAUAAAUCUGUAAUGAUUACGUCAUCAGAGAAAAACACUUAUUUUUGUUCUUAAUUAGUAGCCCAGGCAUACAAAAAAACAGGAAUUUUAAAAACAGAACUAUCAGCAACUUAAUUUUGGCCUGGAUCCUUUUCAAAUGAAAAAUAAGACUUAGAAUUAACUAAUGCUAAAUUGUCUGAUGAAUAUUUAAUUGGAUUUAAUAUGUGA